ACAGAUGUCGAUCCUAACAGUCAGUGAAGAUCAUAACGAAGUCAAGACUGUAAAGACUUAUCACUGAACGCAUGCACUGUUGUGUUGCAAACCAACCGGUGCUCAACUGCCCUCUCUCUGACUGUCAGAUACCGGGUCUUAGAGUUUGUCAAUUGACAUACAGUUUGUAUUAUGAGCUCAACUUCUAAUACAGUUUGCAGUGCUAUCUCUAUUACUAUUGGAACCGUCAGUAUAUAACUGUAUAUAUGAUUGAGCGGUAAUUUUAAUGAAAAACUUUUUGGACAUUAAUUUUAGAAAUGAAUUGAAAAAUAUGUGAAAACAUCAGUGAUUUUAUCAUUUUAUAUGAAUACUAGACUGUUUUGAUUGAGUCUAUGAUGUCAUGUCAUAUGGAUUUAUGUUUGAUAUUAAUAAUCUUAUCGAUUCUGUGUUCAUCACUUUGGACGCACACUAUUCAAGCCGCUGAUGACAAUCAUAAAGUAUAUAUCCGAAAGGGAGGUAAUGGGACUCUUCCCUGUGAACCGGCACUACAGUCACAUAAGAUAUAUAAUCUUCAAUGGUUUAAAGAGGACAAGAAGAUUGUCGAGAUUGAAAGCGAACGAAUCGUUUACUGGAAUCUCGGAGAAAACGCGGCAUUUGUUCCGGAAAGCGGAUCCAUUGCCUUCAAGUUUGUCUCAUUUGGCGAUUCUGGAGAAUAUCAGUGUAUUGUCAAUAGCAAGAAGGAUAAUGGUUUGGUCCGACUCUUUGUUCAGGAUGCACCCGAUCCCCCAGGAAAACCAUUGGUGAUGGCGUUUACCUCACGCUCGGUAAACCUUUCGUGGGCCCCGAGCUUUGAUACACACCACUCGCCUGUACUCAACUAUAUCAUACAUACCCGGGUUGGAGAAAAUGGUGAAUGGGAUACCUAUAAUGGUAUCGCCACUCUCGACAAUAAGACCAGCUAUUAUGUGGAUAAACUGCAGCCGUUUACCGUUUACUCAUUUCGGGUGUUGGCCGUCAACGCUAUCGGCACCAGUCAACCCAGCAAAGAGUCAUACUAUAUGGUCACACUUAGAGAAAUUCCUGAUGGAAAGCCAACAGUGAUAUCUGCCGGCAAUUUGAGUAGUGGUGCCAUACGUGUGGAGUGGAGUCCUCCAAACAGGAACACAAUUCAUGGAGAGUUUCUCGGAUAUAAAAUCAAGUAUAGAAAACAUGGACUACAACUUGGAGUCGAAAGAGAGAUCACUGUUAGAGACCCAGACUUAAGAUCGUAUACAAUCCGUGGUUUAGAGCCGUUCACGGAUUACAUGAUCUCAGUCCAGAUCUUCAACCCGGCCGGUGACGGACCCGCCACUGCUGUCACUGCCAUCACAGAUGAAGGAAUCUCGAGUCCACCAAGAAAUGUAACACUGGUUCGGGUGACCAAUACUGAGGCCCGUCUCCAAUGGUUAGAACCGAAGCACCCAAAUGGUAGACUACAGGGAUAUCGGAUAUAUGUACUGAAUAUUGUGGCCAAUUUGACUGAAGUAAAAAAAGUGGUUAACCCUCAACAAUAUACCAUUGAUUUUACUAUCACUAACCUAAAACCAUUCACUCAAUACAAAGUAUGGAUUAAAGCCUACUCUCAGAAAACAGAGGGCGAGUCCAGUAAAGCGGUUGAAUAUCGUACUGAUGUGACGGGUCCCAGUGCUCCACAAAUUGUGAACCUGACCUGCGAGACAACCAGUGAUGCUCUUCAUGUGUUUUGGGAGCGACCGUCGGUCUACUAUAACUCUAUUGACUACUUCUUCAUAUAUUACCGAUCGGAACAUAACAGUGACAACGAGUUCGAAGAGGUAGCCGUUCCAGGAGGUGGUGCUAACACACGUUACGAACAUUAUGCAUUCAUAACGAAUCUGACUAAAGGCACGUUGUAUGAAGUAAAGGUGCAAGGUGCCACCAGAAGCAUAACUGAGCACACUAAGCUAUACCGGGGAGAGUUCAGUGAGCCCCGUAAGGUCAUCCUCCAGAGUAAGUGCAUCAGUUUUGUAUCGGCACCUUAUGUCGAGCCAACUCUGCCGGCAUCGAUGAUAGCGGGUGUCAUCUGCGCCUCUUUUGCAUUAAUUUUGGCCAUUUUGUCGUUUGUGUUGUGGCGCAAGUACUUCCAGGCAGCUUAUUAUUACUUAGAUGAUCCUCCCAGUGCUACUAGAGGUGGUUCCCCACAACUUUCCGAAAUAUUUGAUGACUCGGAAUAUACUUCUGUACCGGUGUCUCAGUGGUCAAAACAUGUGCAAGAUUUACAUGCCGACGGUGACCUCGGAUUUUCGCGUGAAUACGAAGCCAUACAACAGGCCACUGAUCUGGACCUGUCGUGCCAACACUCACAGCUCUUGGAGAAUAAAAAUAAGAAUCGUUACGUCAAUAUCGUAGCUUAUGAUCACACAAGAGUUGUACUCAAACCAUUGAGCACACAGAAGAAGAAUGGUGUCGACUAUAUUAAUGCCAAUUAUAUUGAUGGUUACGGUAAAUCUCAGGCAUAUAUCGGAACUCAAGGACCCCUUCCCUCAACAUUUGACGAUUACUGGCGUAUGAUUUGGGAACAGCGAGUCUGCAUAAUAGUAAUGAUAACUAAUUUAAUGGAAAGAGGAAGACAUGCAUCGCACCACUACUCUCAUAGUUAUCAUUCAGAACUGGAUGACUCUCGCAAAUGUGAUAUGUAUUGGCCUAAAGAAGGAUCUGAGAGUUACGGAAUAAUUAAUGUUAAAUUACUUCAGGAGGUAGUGAUGGCCACAUAUACUUUGAGAACAUUUAAUGUUAGGAACCAUAAAGUUAAAAAGAAGCACGGAUGUGAGCGCACAGUCUAUCAGUACCACUAUACCAAUUGGCCGGAUCACGGCGUUCCCGAUCAUCCACUUCCAGUUCUUUCAUUUGUACGCAAAUCAUCGGCAGCUAAUCCACCGAAUGGCGGACCCAUUAUCGUUCAUUGUUCAGCGGGCGUUGGCCGCACCGGCACUUACAUAGUGUUGGAUGCAAUGCAACGACAGAUUAAGCACAGAUUGUCAAUGAAUGUGUUUGGAUUUCUUAAGCAUAUAAGACAACAAAGAAAUUAUUUGGUUCAAACUGAGGAACAGUAUGUCUUCAUUCACGACGCACUUCAGGAAGCCAUUGAGUCGGGCGAUACUGAGGUGCCAUCGAGUCAUCUCUUGAAAUACAUUCAAACCUUACAGACCGGUGGUGACGGUUCCAGUAAUGUUAGCUAUGAUAAGAGUCAUCACUGGCCACUUCUUGAACGUCAAUUCAGAUUGGUUACACAAUUUAAGGCAAAAGAUUUUAAUGUUGUGUCAGCUCUAAAGCCGUGCAAUAAAUUGAAAAACCGAUCACUGAAUCUGAUCCCAUUGGAAGCACAUCGCGUUCACAUCAUUCCCAAGAUUCCGGGUACUGAUGGAUCUGACUAUAUAAACGCUACAUUCCUUCCCGGUUUUAAUCGUCUCCGGGAAUUCAUUAUAACUCAACAUCCAGUGUGGGAUACAAUUGGUGACUUCUGGCAAAUGGUUUGGGAUCAUAACUCGCAAUCUAUUGUUAUACUCUCGUCUAUUAUUGACGAGAAAGAAUUCCCGCAGUUCUGGCCAGACAGGGAUGACGAGUGUGAUUACGGCUCAUUCAAAGUCAAACUUACAGAUGAGGCCCGUAUAGUACAAGAAGGCGGAGGGUUUAUUACGACUCGAGAUUUCAUGUUACAGUCCACUCAGGAUGACUAUGAGCUUUGCUGUCGUGUUUUCCAUUGUUGCGAUUGGCCUGAACGGCAACCCCUGUCCAAUGUUUUCGAUUUGGUCAAAGUGGUACAGGAUUGGUAUGUCGAGAUGCCUAAUGGACCAGUCGUUGUUAUGGACAAAUUUGGUGGCACCGAAUCGGCCACUUUCUGCUGUUUGACCACAUUAUACAAACAGCUUAACUUUGAGGAUUGUGUUGACGUCUAUAUGUUCGCAAAACUUUAUCAUUUGCGUCGACCGGGUAUAUGGAGAUCACAAGACGACUACUUAUUUCUGUAUCGAGCAUUAGAGUCAUUGGUGUCCAACAUUCAAGACGACACCAACAGCCCAUACGGCAGCCAAAUGACAGUCACCGGUGGCCACAAUCAAAACGGUCACGCAAUCAAAAUUUCAGUCGACCAGCACUUGAAAGUUGACUCAUUAGCAUAAUUUUGCCCUCAAUUAGGAGUUCC